GCUUUUGUGGCCCUAGUCCUGAGAGGAACGCUGCUCACUGGCAGCGACAGAUACAGGCAGUGCUGGUUCCUGUUAGGGAUCAAGGCUGGGAGGUGGUAAUGGAGGUUAUGCAGGGAUCCGCAGGGGGAUCCCAGCUGCUGCCUUUGGGCGCUGGGGUCAUUACCUUGCUGUUAACGAUUGUGGCCAUGUGCUCUGUGCCCUCUUUGAAGGAUUACUGCAGGCGAUGGUGGGUGAUAAAGCCUAUCCCGGGCAUCAGUCCCUGCUAUCCUGUGCUGGGAAAUGCUCCACUCUUUGAGCGGAAGGGAGAAGGUUUUUUUAAACAACUACAAUUUUAUGUUGAAGAGUUGAGGAAUCGGCCAUUGUUCAAACUUUGGAUAGGACCAUUGCCUUUUGUGAUUUUGUAUAGCCCCGAGAAUGUGGAGGUUAUUCUGACCAGUUCAAAACACAUAGAAAAAUCAUACCUGUACAAAUUCUUGCAGCCAUGGCUGGGCACUGGACUUCUGACGAGCACUGGAAACAAGUGGCGGUCACGAAGGAAGAUGAUAACUCCUACAUUCCACUUUGAAAUCUUAACUGACUUUCUAGAGGUUAUGAAUGAACAAGGAGUUAUUUUGUUGGAGAAACUUGAGAAGCAUGUUGACAAGGAACCAUUUGAUGUGUUUCUAGACAUCACUCUGUGUGCCCUUGAUAUCAUCUGUGAAACGGCAAUGGGCAAGAAUGUCAGUGCUCAGGAGAAUAAGGAUUCUGAGUAUGUUCGUGCCAUCUACAGGAUGAGUGAUCUAAUCCAACAGCGACAGAAGAGCCCUUGGUUUUGGCCUGAUUGUGUGUAUAAGCUGUUCAAGGAAGGAAGAGAGCAUGACAGGAACCUCAAGAUCCUUCACAGUUUUACAGAUACCGUGAUUGCAGAAAAAGCUGCAGAACUUGAACGCACCAAGCAAAUGAAAUGUAAUACUGAUGGCAACUGUGAAGGAAAGGGCUCCAAAAAAAGAAAAGCUUUCCUGGACAUGCUGCUGAGUGCAACGGAUGAUGAAGGGAACAAAUUGAGCUACAUGGACAUUCGUGAGGAAGUGGAUACUUUCAUGUUUGAGGGCCAUGACACAACAGCAGCUGCUAUGAACUGGGUCCUCUACUUACUUGGACAUAAUCCUGAAGCCCAGAAGAAGGUUCAUAGAGAACUGGAUGAGGUAUUUGGCAACAGUGAGCGUCCUGUAACAAUGGAUGAUUUGAAGAAGCUUCGAUACCUUGAGUGUGUUGUGAAAGAAGCCCUUCGGAUCUACCCUUCAGUUCCACUGUUUGCCCGUACCUUGAGAGAGGACUGCCUAAUUAGAGGAUAUCGGGUACCAAAAGGCACAAAUGUUCUUGUCAUAACUUAUGCCCUGCAUAGAGACCCCGAGAUCUUCCCUGACCCAGAGGAGUUCAGGCCUGAGCGAUUCUUCCCUGAAAAUUGUAAGGGAAGGCACCCAUACGCUUAUGUGCCCUUCUCAGCUGGUCCCAGGAACUGCAUUGGUCAGCGCUUUGCACAAAUGGAGGAGAAAGCUCUUCUAGCACUCAUCUUGCGGCGCUUUUGGGUGGACUCGUGUCAAAAGCCAGAAGAGCUUGGUAUAACUGGAGAACUGAUUCUUCGUCCAAAUAAUGGCAUCUGGAUUAAGCUGAAGAGAAGGCAAAAUGCUGGAUCAGAAUGAAAGGAAUUUCAAGAUUUUAUUUUCUGAAAAAUUUCUAAGCUAUUUAGACUGAUAUAUAUUUUUAAAUCAGUGUUUUUAUAGCCAUUGAAACUAAAGUCAUGACUGAUUGUUUCAAUAAAGAAGAUGUUAUAAUAACCCUAAAUUGCUCUACUUUUCUGGUAUAUGUGAACUUCAUGUUCAUCUUCUAAUUGCAAGUCUUUAAUCAUCAAAUCUUAGUGCCUUAUCUACUGGGACGGAACUAUUCUAUUGCAACAGUGUAAAAAAGUUUAAUUAUGGUCUUGAAACCAGUAAUGGAGUGAUCUGGUUGUAUUCCAUAGCAUUUUUGAGGUAACUGAUAGCCUCAAAUCUUUGCAUAGUUUUCUGUGAGUGAUAAUUCUUCCACUUGGUACAAUGUUUUUUUCUGUUUUGGUGAUGACUGCAUCUAUGAAGACAAAGCAAAAAUCUCUGAUAAUUUCACUCCUUCUUUGUAAGCAUUUACAGUACUUCUUAAGUAAUAAGUGCUUUGAAUUGUUUUUAGCAAAGUUUACCAUAAACAUUUAUCUAUAUAUUCGUACCAUGAACUAGAUAGCAUGCAAAUUACACACAGUAUC